AGGACCCUCCAUUUACGACAUCUCGCACGCAAAGUGAAGAAUGCUUUCCAUCUUCUUCUUCAUCUUUCUCUCGCACGCCUGCUCAGUAAAAUCUAAACUACCACAAAACAUAUUUAUCCUAGCUGGCCAAAGUAACAUGGCCGGACGAGGUGGUGUUAUUAACAACACUAAAACCAAUACCGUCAGCUGGGACGGCAUCGUCCCUUCUCAGUGCCAGCCUAACCCAUCAAUCCUCCGUCUCAAUGCCAAAUUCACCUGGGUUCAAGCCCAUGAACCACUUCAUGCCGACAUUGAUCUUGACAAAACCAAUGGAGUUGGACCAGGGAUGUCCUUUGCCAAUGCAAUUUUGACUAAACACCGCAGCUUUGGUGUGAUUGGUCUGGUCCCCUGUGCCAUUGGUGGAACUAAUAUUUCUGAGUGGAGAAAAGGGAGUUUUAAUUACGAGCAGAUGGUGAGGAGAACUCGGGUGGCUUUGCAGAGUGAUGGAGUUAUCAGAGCACUUCUUUGGUAUCAGGGAGAGGCUGAUACGAUCACUCUUGAAGAUGCAGAAUCGUAUAAAGGGAGAUUGGAGAAGUUCUUCACGGAUUUACGUUCCGAUCUGCAGGAUCCUAUGCUACCAAUAAUCCAGGUGGGUCUUGCAUCAGGACAAGGACCUUUCGUGGACAUAGUCAGAGAAGCUCAAUUAGGAAGUGAUCUCCUAAACGUGCAAUGCGUAGACGCCAAGGGACUACCGCUAGAGCCUGAUGGGCUUCACCUCACUACUCCUUCCCAGGUUCGACUUGGUGAGAUGUUGGCUGAUGCAUUCCUACGGUCUAUACCAAGCCCCAUUAAAGCCAAUGCUAUUAGUAACGCUUCAACAAUGUUCACUAAUUACGUUUCUUACUUUCUUUUAAUUCAAUUGCUCACUUCUCUAUCAAUCAUUUUAACAUAGCAUAGUAUUAUUGUGGUGGAAUUAAUUGUAUUAUUGUAUACGUACAUAAUUAUUCCCCUGUGCAAGUAAUAAAAAAA